AUCUGUUCCAUUGAAAGCAGUUUGUUACUUUCCAAUAAUAAAGAGGGAAGAAGGAAGCCGGACAAUAUUUUCCUCGUUUCAGCAUGCUGAGGUGAUAAUAAUUGAACGGUGUUUGUUGAUUGAAUAUGUUUAACAUGCCAAACAACUUGUCUAAUGAGUGAAGUGUCAUAAAGUGUUGUGAUCUCCACGCGAAGUCUUCGACUCCUGUUUCGUGUUGUUGAUGGGGUUAACUGAUACGGUAGCGGAGAGGUAGUGUUGAUGAGGUGGUGUUGGUAUCAUCGCAGACAGGUUCUCCUGUUUCAUCUCAUCUCACGUUUAAAAAAUCGUGAUGGUAUCCCACUAUCAACCUCCUCUUCAUGUCUGGUCUUUGAAUACCCCUCCAGACGUCAGCCAAAACAAUCAAGGAGACGUUUAAAAGCAUGUUUGAGGACCACUUCGUUUACAUACGCCUGUGAUCAGACAUUCUGGAAUUAUUUGGGUUUACAAAAGGACUCUAACGAAUUGGAAAACUAGCUCUUACGAAGGCGACCAAAACAGGACUACGACAUUGCGGGGACAUCAUCUCUCAAUUUUGUUCUCCCUUCCUAUCCCUAUCUCCCACUCUCUCUCUCUCUCUCUCUCUCCUACUUCUUCUUGGAGAAUAGAACGAAGGGGAGUAGAUGCAAAGUGUCUUCUUGCACUGUCCUGAUUAUUAACCUGAAGGAGGAAGAAGAAGAAAAAAAGUUGCCGCCGUCUUCUCCCGGACUCUUAUUCUCGAUUCAACGACCUUCCCGCGUCCAGGGGCAAGCCAAAAUUAGAUGCACGCGUCUGGCGUCCAUUUACACAUAGGGCCAAGUAUAUCACUUGGAUGUCUUAAGUUCAAAGCGGUGCUCUCAAUCUUUCUCUCUCUCUCUCUUAUACGUCGUGAGCGGAGACAGAGGGGACAAGACGGGUCGAAGGAGGAAGAGAAAGGGAAUGACGGAGGAAAAGGUUGUCUGAUGGAGAUACGAGUCCCCAUUUCUCCACUUUGUUUUCUCCCGUAAAACGAGAGUAAGAUGAGGAAAGAUUGUCGUGCUUGAAUGGUGGUUAUUCACCCCUCGUGUCAUCCUAUAGCGCUCCAGUCAGGCAUGGUGUAUGUGGAGGCUCCGGACGAACGGGACUCUGUCAGAGAGAGGCCCUGAAGUUUAGGCAGAGCAGAGUGCCACAGUUCGCAUCAUCUUUUAAAAGCUCUUUAUUAAUCUAGAGCACGGGAAAAAAGUGGUAGGGGGAUAAAUAGCAACGUGGUUUCCCAACACUUCACUUCUCAUCGCUAUCUCAUCGAAACCGGCUGCUGCAGGCGACUAGCUCGCCAAAUCCUCAUAAUUUCCAGAAUCAUCUCGACUAUCUUCCCGCAGACCAGCAACAGUUUCUUCCAUCCUGCUUGAAAGAAAACUUCACAAGCUCGAGGAAGAGUACAGCCGAAAUCAAAACUUCGAUUCAACCAUCUGCCAAGUGCGAUUAAUUAUUAAACAAAGGGACGUACUGACCAGCGCUGACAUCUCAGAACACCAUCUCCUACGCUGAAGUCCCAAAGAAGAGGUUUGCGACCUUCGUCCCCUCUUUCCUCGCCAUCACAACAUCAACAGUCAUCUUUCUUGUUGACACUGUAAACCGAUCCCGCGGCCUCACGAUGAGCUCUAUUUAUUUAUUACUUUCCCUUUAUUUAUUAGCUUCCCUCCUUCUAGUAAGCCGUGCACAAGAACCCGUUGUCAGCACCGGCAACACCGAGAUUAACCAGUGUAAUGAUGGGAGACAUAAUUGUAGAGAGAACGAGGCCUGUACGCAAACCAGAAAGUCAUUCAGGUGCUCGUGUAUUCACGGCUACAACCGGCAAGGAAUCACAUGUCGAGAUGUAGACGAAUGUCAAGUAAAAAGCGGUGGCUGUGUUCACACUUGUAUCAAUACAUUAGGAAGUUACCAAUGUGGGUGCUAUUUCGGGUUUACCUUACACAUCGAAGGAAAAGAUUGCUUAGAUAAAGACGAAUGUGCAUCUGGCGAGCAUCGUUGUCAACAUGAAUGUAUUAACACAAUAGGCAGCUACGAGUGCGCAUGUCCAAAAGGAAUGUAUUUAAAUGAAGACGGAAGAACAUGUUCAAACGAUGCCGGCUGCUUAAAUCCUGACCUAGAUUGUGCCCACUAUUGUGUCGAUGUAGCCAAUGGUCAGUCUAUAUGUCAAUGUAGACCUGGCUAUCUUCUAUCUGGCAGCAAGAAUUGUAUACCCACGUGUUUACUAGGGAAUGGUGGAUGUCAGCACGUGUGUACAGAUUCACCCAUUGGUCCCCUCUGUAGCUGCCAUGAAAAGUACAACCUCCAUACUGAUGGGAGAACGUGUGUAGAGGCGUACGACGAUCCGGACGACUAUUCCUCCACUUCAGCGCUUCGCGCAGAUGAGGUUCUCGGUCCGAGGCACAAUGGGGCAUCAUUAUCAGGGAUAGAGACGUGUGGGCUGAAUAACGGUGGGUGCGACAGAGAGUGUGAGGACACUCCUACAGGUGUCCAGUGCAGCUGUCCGGAAGGGUUCGAUCUGCUGGCAGAUGGGCGGACAUGCAAUGAUCGAGACGAGUGCAUAGUGGAUAAUGGCGGUUGCUCUCAUAUGUGUACGAAUCGAUUAGGAACCUACGAAUGUACCUGCCCCAGAGGCUACAAGCUGACAUCAGAAGGACAUACAUGUGAAGAUGUAAAUGAAUGUGCGAUGAAUGAUACCUGUGAUCAUACAUGCGUUAACCUGCCCGGGAGCUUCAGGUGUCUUUGCGAUGCUGGAUUCCAAGCCUAUGGCAUAACGCAUUGCGGAGACGUUGACGAAUGCUCCAUCAACAACGGUGGAUGCCAACAUGGCUGCCAUAACACACAGGGGAGCUAUGAAUGCUACUGCAGAGAAGGUUUCAAGCUCCAUCCAAACAAAAAGGAUUGCAUAGCAGCCAUAAGAUGUCUUCCGCUACGGACACCUGCCCGUGCCAUCCUCCAGUGCGAAACGGAAGGUACGGACGAGGUGUGUUCUCUCCUAUGCGAGUCCAACUCGCACUUCACGGCUUCGGGACAGGGAACCUUCAACUACCAGUGCGGCGAGAGUACGCAUUUCGAAUGGACGCAUGGCGCCACUAACGAUACACUUCCCAGCUGUUCUGCUUCUGUCGAUGUUCCAAUGGUAAGUCGGAAGGCACGCUUAUUCUUCUCCACCAGCCGUUGCGAACUUCAGAGGCGGGUCACACGCCAACUCUCCAAGACCAUCAAUCAGAAGUUAUCAGGUACGGAUGGGCUGUCCGAAGAGUCUAACACUGAGUCGACCUUUGACCCUGCUGACCCACCAGCUCCCUCAUCGGCGGCAUGGGAGAGCCGCGGCUUCAAUUCUACAUCCCUCGCCAGUGACGCCGGAGGAUGUCGACGAGAUUGCGAGGUGAGUUUCCUCAAUCUAAGCUGUGACCAACAACCCGUCGCCAGGAGAAAACGACAGGCGGGUCGGUUGUCGUCGUCGUCGUCUUCGAUCACAGAUGUUGCGGGAAGCGGAUCAUUGAUCACGGCUUAUGUCGAGAUCGUCAUUAAAGCCCGACUCAAUGGAGUGACAUCUCGAUGUGAUCUGGAAUGCGUGCGGAAGAAGUCGGAGCGGAAGAUGAAACGGCUGAUCACGAAGUUGCGGAAGGCCAUCGAGAGAGACCACUUCGUCGUCCAGAUCGACGGCAACGAGUACGAGAUGAGCCGGAACCUCAACGUGACUGACGUCUCCGAAGCAAGCUGUCCACUCGGCCAUGUCAUGAUAGAUGCUGGACGAUGCGUGGCGUGCAGCAUGGGUACCUACUACCAUGCUAGCAGUGGGGGCUGCCUCCCCUGUGAAGCGGGCUCUUACCAGGAUGAAGAGGGGCAGUUAGAAUGCCGAAGGUGCCCACAACAGGAUCAACAGUAUGACGUGACUGGGGCACGUCAUAUAACAGAAUGCGGAGGACAAUGUCGUCCCGGUGAAUACUCUGUAGAUGGUUUUCAACCAUGUGAUUCCUGUCCGGUCGGGUCCUACCAGCCCGAGUCUGGCCGCACACACUGUCUACCAUGCAAAGGUGGCUUGCUCACUAGAUCACAUGGUUCGACUUCAUUCGCAGACUGCCUAGCGAAAGAACAUUGUGGACCCGGCACGUAUUAUAACGUCACCACCCACUCCUGCGAGAGAUGCCCAAGGGGCUGGUAUCAGCCACACCCUGCUAUGAACUACUGCAUCCGUUGUCCUGGCAACACCACCACAGAUGAAAAUGGAGUAGCAGACGGAGAUCAAUGCAAAGACACAACAUGCAGAGCUCAGAUCGGUCAGUACGUAGGGUACAUCGAAACGCCGAACUUUCCCGGUGAUUAUCCCGCUAAUGUGGACUGCACAUGGCAUAUCAAACCACCCAGAGGUCGGAAGGUCAUCUUUGUAGUUUCAGAGAUCUUUCUGCGCAAGGAGGAUCAAUGUGGGGACAUCGUGGUCAUUAGAAAAACAGCGUCGCCGUACUCCACAACGUCUUUUGAAACAUGUGAGAACGUGACGCGGCCCAUAGCGUUCCUUGCACAGUCAAAGAGAGUGUGGAUACGGUUCACAACAGAUGCUGCACAUGCAGCUAAAGGCUUUAGAAUACACUACUCAAUGUAUGAUGAAACAUAUGAAGAUCUAAUGAAAGACAUUGUAGGUGAUGGAAGACUAUACGAAUCCGAGUACCAUCAAGAAAUUCUGAAGAAUAAAGAGGUCCUAGCAGCGUUACUAGAAAUUAUAGCACAUCCUGAGAUAUACGACAAUUACAGACUAGAAGAAUCGAGGUCCAUCCUACCGCGUUCCUUCAUCAAACUCCUACGGAACAAGGUGGCCCGGUUCCUUUACCCCGAAGAAAUGUAUCCUAACGGCUACAAGGAUCCUCUAGUUACUGCUAGCACAUGGGAUUAACUUGUCACCCCUCUGUUCCUGUCCUGCCAUCCCUUGUACUUCACGAGUAGCUUCGUUGUACCCAUUCGUAGAACCAAGACGCCCGUUACAGAAUCGACCACUUUUAUCCAUGCCUGCAAUCGCUUCAACACCGUUUCUGUCACAAUGCAAUAGCAUGAACAGAACUCAACUUAUCUUUAAAAAAACGUUAGCUAGGUUUCUCCCCUAUCUAGUACCCCUUCUUUGAACAAAUCCCUUUUCUCUUCUUACGUUUUUGGAUGAAGAUCUGUUACUUUUAGCAGCUCCAAUUCAUUUUCUACCUUAUUGUCCCUGUCGGGCUAACAAUCAUGUCCCUGCACAAUAUACAGUUGUAUAAUUCUCUCGCCAAAUACUGGAACUCACUAGAUGUAUCUCUUUCUGUUAUAAUAAUAAACUUUGCUUUUAUAGCGAAUAUCACCAGUAAACACAAUCGCAACUACCUUCGAAAAAUCAACUCAAAGGCAAUUUCAAUACCCAAUUGUAUAUCUCGUAGGAAUCAUGUUCGGUUUACGUAAUCUGACAUUUUAAUGUUUGCACGUUUUAAAGACCGUCAAUACUAAUGGGCCAGAAGGAAUUAGACCACACAGCGAGGUCACUGACAGGUGGCUAUCUCAUUAACUCAGCUCUCAACUAACAUAAGAAAAAGAGGAUCAUGGGGACCAACAGGCACCGAUUUGGGAGGUUUGCUAUAUAGAGGGAGCAAGUAGCUACAACUAGGACAGUGGGGCUAUAAAGGGUGAUGAGAGUGGCUAUUGUAAUUGCCUUAAGUUGAUUUUCCAAUAUAUUUGUGAUCGUGUUAUAUAAGAUAUCGCCUCUUUUACCCUUGGAAACCCAGAUCUACCCUCUUUUGUUACCCAGAAUACCCAUUUCUAAACCACUCCCUUGUGUCCACUUUUAUGAUCGAGGGCACGUCUAAAUGACAUGUAAUGUGUUACUCGUCUGUAUAUCUGCAUGUUGAACAAGUAUGACGGUUUCGUCACUAAAUUAUUGAUUUUCCGUGACAAUAUCGUCCGUGUAUCAUCAUAUUUAUUCAUGUUAUGGAGGGAAUGACGUGUGUUUUGUUUUCCAUAAAAAGUUAUUAAGUCCUAGUCAUUUACGAGACAUGAGAGUGAAAAUCGAAAAGCAGAGGUAGUACAUAAAAAGACUUUAUUAUGUGUGAAACUAUCGCAGAUGAAGAUUACUUGACCGACUUAAUGUCAAAUAUUGAGAACGUAUUUUUCUUUAUGUGCCAAUGAUAGUUAUUCAGUACCUUCAAAUUAUAUUUAAGUCAUGCACUAAUAUGUACUAGUUAUAUUGUUCGUACUUCUCUCGAAGUUGCAUUGAAGAGAGGGGAAUUGUAUUUUAAAGAGAAAAGAUAUAUAAUUAUCCUGUACAUUUUCAUUGUUAAUGUUUAUUUUUCAUGUGUUUUGGUGGUUUAGUGUUUUCCGCCUGCGCUGAGCCUAAGGCUUGUAUUGUUAAUGUAUGAUGUAUUGGGCUGUGUUCAAACUCAUCUACCGUAACCUUUCCAUGCCUUCAGACUGGUAUCCGACCCCUUACGCUUAGAAGUGUGUGUGUCACACGCAUAUGGGUUGGGAGAUAGAUUUGUCACCAGUCUGCCAUGCUAAGUCAGGUACUGUAGACGCUUGUGAACACGGCUGAAGUGGUACUGCAAGUGUAGGCCUAACAUUUUGUAUUGAAUUCCGUGUUGCGACUUGACGUAACGUUAGUGACAUUCAAAUAUUGAUAAAAUGUGAAUUCAAAUGUGAAUGCGGCAUGUAGCCUGAUUUACAUUAUGCCAGUUUUGCAUGAACAUGCCCCGUAAAAUGAUGUUCAAUAUAAAAUAUCCUAGUAUCGUAUUUCAGAAUGUGAUGGUUUAUCAACAGUAAACUUUAUAUGAUGCUUAAUAUUGCUUUGGAACUAUACUGAAUAUUGAUUGCUGCUAUUCAGUGAUAAUGUCGUGGACUUAAGAAUCAUAACUGACAGAAAUUGUAUAAUGACAUACACAAUGUAUUUCAUUGAAUAAAUGUAUGCUAGCAAUUGCCAUUUAGGUAUUGAGCUCACUUACAAUUUUGUGAAAUACACCCGAUGAUUCAAGGUUCGUUCAGAUUCGACGCGGUAAUCCGCGGCACAGGGAAAUAACCGCUUUUUGUGUGUGUGCUGUUCAUGGCAAUUAAUGACAACUGCAUAAUGAAGUUCCUGCGCGUAUUCAUGGAGCUUUGCGUUAAAGGAUACAGAAAUGUGAUGGUGUUUACGUCAUCAUAAAAAACCGCAGCGGCUUUACCGCGUCAUACCUGAAAGGAACCAACCGGUAAAUAUUAUAGUGCCAUGUCGUUUAGUAGUAGGUAAAUGUAACAAUCCUUCUAAAUAGCUACUGUGUCUUGAAGAAGUAAGCUUUUCACCGUCAAUGAUCAAUGGCAAAGUGUAUUCAAGAUUGAUAAUAAUAUGUGAAUGGCCUUUAUUGUUACUAAUAUUUCAUAAUUUUAUCAUAUGUUCAGUCUAUACUCUUGUUGCAAAAACGUCUCAUGUCUGUACAAGAAACGUAAAGCAUUGUGUGAUUGCGACUGUACAGAAACAAAAAGAGUUGAGUUUGCACCAAGUACAAUAUGUAAUGAUCUAAAUAAGAUGAUGUUGUAGUAUUAUAGCUUGUGCAAAAUAUAUGAUAGGUGGGCUAUUCUGUAGUGUCAUAAAUAUAUAUCUAUAGUUAUGCUCUGCACGAAUAUAUUGGUAUAUGCUAUGCAAUCUCUCGUCUCCCACCGUCAUGCUUUUGUCAAUGAGAUACCAAAAACAAAUGAAAAUUGCAUAUUGACUGAAUAUAAAAACUGAUUAUUGUUUCUUUGCUUAUUAUAAUGAGUGCGAUUCUGGCUCUAAAAAUUCCCAGAUUAAAGCACAUGAACUUAUAUCAAACAUGAAUAUGGUAGAUGUAAUGGGGAGAUAUUUGUCAGAUUUUAACAUGUCAAGAUCAUGCGCCAAAUUCUGUUGAAAUGAAGUUAUGAACACAUAAUAAUGCUAUCUUUUUUUUGUCUUCUUCAGAGCUCAAAUUUCUAGUCUUUGCCAUUUAGUGUUUCAUCAAAGUGGCAUGAAAAUAAAUAAUUACUUCUUUCCGGCUUUGAACGACCAUUUGUAUGGGACGAAAAUUGUGGAGACUAAUAUCAAUUCUGUUUAUUUCUUUGUUUUUUAUGAUUAUUAUUAUUAUUAUUGUCAUGAUUUUUAUUAUUAUUAUUAUUAUUAUUAUUAUUAUUAUUAUUAUUAAUAUUAUUUUUAUUAUUAUUAUUGAUAAUAACGUCAUUAUUGCUUUUCUUCUCAAUAUUAGUAAACAAUUGUAUUUAUUAUUAUUGUCAUUAUUAUUUAUUCAUUUUUUUUAUUAGUAGUAUUAUCAUUAUAAUAUUUUACUAUUAUUGUUAAUAAACCAUGCACUCUUCAUAAUCAAACACUAAAUCUUUCGGUAAAAUAUACUAUUGCAAUCACUCAACUACCAAUGUGGUGCAAGAAGUGGUAAUUCUUAGGAAUAUCAUUUGAGUUUUAGAGCCAGAAGGGCGUUAACUCUGUGUUAAAGCUAAUAAGUUAACACCCUCCUCGCUCCAGACAGGAUUAUGACGAAAAAAUUAAAUCUGUCACCUAAACUUGUUUUCAUUUAAUAGAUAUGUAAUGCAAGGUAUAAGCAUAAUGAUAACUCGUAGCUAAAAAUUGAUUUUAUUUUGUUUGUUUGCCAUAUGAAUGUAAAUAAUUGUUGAUGCGCUAACGUAAUCUACGACAAAUUAAAACAAGGGCCAAAGAAUGAACUAUAAA